ACUGCAGCUCUCAGCUGCCUCUAUACACCAUAAUUGAAGCCAUUUGUGGAUCAGGUGGAAUUCUGGGAUUUUGGCCUCACCUCAAAAUCCCAAAGCGUGUUAUUUUCUCUCUUUCUUUUCCCGGGCCAGUAGGACUCUUACAUCAGCCUUCGUUUCCCCUCGCUCUCUCUUUCCUUUUGCGUCUCUUCCUCUCCUCUCUCUCCUUUCCCCUCUCUUUGCUAUUCCAGAAAGAAGUCCUUCAGAGGCAGAGGUCACAAACUUGUGGUCCUGAAUGCAUCGGCGCACAACAGAUGUGGAAUAUUUCCCAAGAAAAACGGUUUGAGGAGAGAAGAAGUUCAAAAGCGUCCGUGAGAUGAGACUGAAGAUCAUGGAGGUUAAAUUGAUCGUCUUCGUUCUCCUGCAGGCUGUCACUGUGAGAUCUCAAGUCAACCCAGAAAUGUGCCGCUAUCCUCUUGGUAUGACCGGUGGGCAGAUUCAGGAUGAGGACAUCUCUGCUUCCAGCCACUGGUCUGAGUCCACCGCUGCAAGAUUUGGAAGACUUGACUUUGACAACGGAGACGGUGACGGGGCUUGGUGUCCUGACAUCAUGUCAGAGGCGGACGGCCUCAAAGAGUAUCUCCAGGUGGACCUGCGUUCGCUGCACUUCAUCACGCUCGUGGGCACCCAAGGUCGGCACGCCGACGGCAUGGGUAAUGAGUUUGCCCAGCGAUACAGGAUCAAGUACAGCCGCGACGGCAGCAGCUGGGUGGGCUGGCAUGACAGAAAGGGAAGGCAGAUCAUCGAAGGCAACAGUAAUGCAUAUGAUGUGGUCCUGAAGGAUCUUGAGCCUCCCAUCAUUGCCCGUUUUGUCCGCUUUAUGCCCGUGACCGACCACUCCAUGAUCGUGUGUAUGAGAGUGGAGCUCUACGGCUGUGAAUGGCUCGAUGGCCUGAUGUCCUACAGCAUUCCAGAUGGACACCAAAUGAUCUACAGAGGCCUGGAUGUCUUCUUCAAUGACUCUGUGUACGAUGGAGCAUCAGCUGAAAGCUCAACUAUAAAUCCUUCCUCAAGGCUGACGAAAGGGCUUGGCCAGCUGACCGAUGGCACCUGGGGUCUGGACGACUUUCUCCACAGCCACAGCUACAACUUUUGGCCUGGCUAUGACUAUGUAGGAUGGAACAACAGGAGCUUCCCCAGAGGUUACGUGGAGAUGAUCUUUGAGUUCGACCAUGUGCGAAACUUCUCGUCCAUGAAGGUUCACUGCAACAACAUGUUUAGCCGAGGGGUGAGGAUGUUCAGGCAGGUUACUUGUUACUUUCGGUCAGGAUCAGAGUGGGAGGCAGACCCGGUGACCUUCAGGCCUGCUGUUGAUCGUGUGAGCCAAAGCGCUCGUUUUAUCACGGUGCCCCUCGGGGACCGCACAGCCAGCACCAUUAAAUGCCGCUUCCACUUCAGUGACCUUUGGAUGCUGUUCAGUGAGGUGGCCUUCCAGUCAGGCUCAGCAGUGUACAAUACAUCAAUGGCUCCUCGCAAGCAUGGACACCCAACAAAAAUAUUACCAGGGGAUGAUCCUACACACAAAGUGGAUGACAGCAAUACAAGGAUCCUGAUUGGCUGCUUGGUGGCCAUUAUAGCCAUCCUAUUGGCCAUUAUUGUCAUUAUCCUGUGGCGACAGGUCUGGCAAAAGAUGCUGGAGAAGGCAUCUCGUCGCAUGCUGGAUGAUGAGCUCACGGCUCGUCUCGCCAUCCAGACACGGGCCUUCUCCUUCCACCACUCGUCUCUCUCCAGUGAGAGUGGCUCGACCUCCAACUCCACCUAUGAAAGAAUCUUCCCCCUCUGUGCCGACUACCAGGAGCCCUCGCGUCUCAUCCGGAAACUGCCCGAGUUUUCUCAGUCCACUGAACGCCUCGAAUCGAGUACCUCCUGCAGAGCCUUUGCAGCCGGAGGCUCAGAUGGUGCCCCCCACUAUGCUGAGGCAGAUAUCAUCAGUCUGCAGGAGUCUUCGGACAGCAGCACCUACUCCAUCACAGCUGUCAACAUGAAUUUCUUUGCUGGCACAGAUUCAUCCAUGAGGGAGUUCCCCAGACACAAGCUCACCUUCAAGGAGAAACUGGGAGAGGGCCAGUUUGGAGAAGUGCACUUGUGCGAGGCAGAGGGCAUGCAGGACUUUUUGGGUGAGGAUUUGUCCAUAGAGGGAAACAAUGAGUCCCCUCUGCUUGUUGCUGUUAAAACACUGCGAGAAGAUGCCAACAAGAACGCAAGGAAUGACUUCCUGAAGGAGAUCCGAAUCAUGUCUCGUCUGAGGGACCCCAACAUCGUCCGUCUGCUGGCAGUGUGUGUGGACACAGAUCCUCUGUGCAUGAUCACUGAGUACAUGGAAAAUGGUGACCUAAACCAGUUCCUCUGCAAUCUCAGACUAAAGGCCGCUGAUGAAGAUGAGAUCAAACAAGAGGAGACGGAGGGGAAGAGCAUGGUCAGUUACACCACACUGAUCGGCAUGGCAGUGCAGAUUGCAUCUGGUAUGAAGUAUUUGUCCUCUCUUAACUUUGUCCACCGUGAUCUGGCAACCCGCAACUGCCUGGUGGGUAAGAAAUACACCAUAAAGAUCGCUGAUUUCGGCAUGAGUCGGAACCUUUAUAGAGGGGACUACUACCGGAUCCAGGGCAGAGCUGUACUGCCCAUUCGCUGGAUGUCAUGGGAGAGCAUCCUACUAGGUAAGUUCACUAUGGCCAGUGACGUGUGGGCCUUCGGGGUGACUCUGUGGGAAAUUCUCACUCUGUGUAAGGAGCAGCCAUACUCCCAGCUCUCUGACGAGCAGGUCAUUGAAAACACAGGAGAGUUCUUCAGGGAACAGGGCAAACAGGUGUACCUGCCGAAGCCUCCCUGUUGUCCUGACAGAAUUUACAAGGAUCUCAUGCUAAGCUGCUGGAGGAGAAACGCCAAGCAGCGGCCGAGCUUUCAGGAGAUACACUCUCAGCUGUUAGAGAGCCUGGCGUAGCAGAGGAGAUGUAUCGUUCCACUGUGCUGUGCAGUGUCUCGGUUGCUUCCUUUGGUUUAGAUUCAUUUAUUUGGAGUCAGACCCAUAAAAUAUUCACUUUUUUGUCAAUGCCUGCUUCUCAAAAAUUUCGCUCUAAAUGGAGAGAUAUGUGAAGGUACAGACUACACUUAAAUAUAGCCUCCUAUUGUAGAUAUAAUGCAGAUAGUUCUAUUCACACAGUGCAUUCAGACCUCUGUGUAUUUAUUAUUUUCUUAUGAUUUGUUAUGCUGUCUAUUUAUGCAAUAACAUCCCCCUCCCUUUUCUUUUCCAUCAUAUAUCUAAUCCUAUUGCACAUUUAUUAUGUGAGCACUGUUUUGUGUUUUUGUCUUUUAUAUUUGAAUUUUGUCAUGAGGGAAAACGUUUUCCUGAUGAGAUUGUGCUUUCGUAUGCAGAAGCUGAUGUAGAUUUUUUAUAAACAUGUUAAUGUCCUUUUUCAGAAAUGAAUUUAUUGUACAUAGUGGGAAAAUAGCAAAGAUAAACGUUUUAACGGCUGUUGGACCAAGGAUACCUGUAAAUAAAGAAAAAUGCUAUUAUUAUC